UGGUCAUGCUGGUCUUCGUGGUCCAAGUGCUCUGUGACGUGUGGAGGGGGGCACUACAUGAGGACGCGGACCUGCAACAACCCUCUACCAGCUUACGGAGGAGACAUCUGCCUGGGUCUUCACACCGAGGAGGCUCUGUGCAACACACAGACCUGUCCAGAGAGCUGGUCCAACUGGUCCGAGUGGUCCCACUGUGACUCCAGUGGCCACCAGCUGCGUGUGCGUCACUGCGACGUCCUGUUCCCCACUGGAAACCAGUGCUCAGGAAACAGCAGUGAGACGCGGCCCUGCUCUCUGGACUCCAACUUCAUACCAG